AUGGUCAAAAAAGUGUUGCAGUUUGAGGAUGAAAUUAACAAGAAAAGGCGAUGUGUGUAUCGAUGGAGCUUGAGUCGGAAAGCCUAUAAGAUUACACAGCAUGUUCUUCAGCUCCAAAACAAAGGAACGUUUGAAAAUGUGGCCCAUCCUGCACCUCCACGAAAGAUAUGGUCAACAUUCAAAGAAGGUUUUAAAGAUUUUAAGUCCAGAAUGGCAAAGAUCAAUGAGGUGAUAGAGGGUUUGAAGAGGGAAGAAGUAAGACUGAUCGGGAUCUGUGGAAUGGGAGGUGUGGGUAAAACCACAAUGGUGAAAGAAAUCAUCACAAGAUUGGCAGAACUGAACCUGUUUGACGAAAUCGUAAUGGCAACUAUGUCUCAAAGUCCAAGUGUUAAGACGAUCCAGUCGGAAAUUGCAGGCCAAAUAGGUUUGAAACUUGAUGAGGAUCCCGAGUCUGUAAGAGCACUAAAGCUAUAUGGGAGACUCACGGAAAUAAAAAGGAUCCUGAUUGUAUUAGAUGAUGUAUGGACAGAGCUUGAUUUUAAGGCUAUAGGACUUCCUUACGAACAUACUAAUAAAGGGUGCAAAAUUUUGUUGACAUCACGGAAUUUGGAAGUCUGCAACGAGAUGAGAAGUCAACAAAUUAUUGAAGUCCGGACUUUAACAACAGAAGAAUCACAGGAGCUCUUUAGAGAAAUGGUAGGUGAAUCCUUCGAUGAUCCUGAUUUACAUUCCACUCCAAAAGAUGUUGUGAAGGAAUGUGGAGGUUUACCUAUUGCUAUUGUUACUGUUGGAAAAGCCCUAGAAAACAAAAAGAAGCAUGCAUGGGAAGAUGCCCUUAAUCAGCUGCGAAAUUCUAACCCAGUGAACAUCCCUGGAGUGGACAGCAAAGUUUAUUCUAGCAUAAAAUUGAGUUUUGAUGGCUUGGAGAGUGAUGAAGCAAGGUCAUGCCUUUUACUUUGUUGUUUAUUUCCAGAAGAUUAUAAUAUUCGAAUUGAGUAUUUGGUUCGAUAUGGGUGGGGUCGAGGAUAUUUUAGCAGCAUCGUUACUUUGGAAGAUGCAAGAAAUAGAGUGCAUUCUUUGGUUGACCAACUAAAAAGAAGGUUUUUGUUACUAGAUGGUGGCAGGAGUGAGACUACAAAAGUGCAUGACAUAGUUCGCGAUGUUGCCAUAUCGAUUGCUUCAAGAGAUCCACAUCGAUUUCUGGUAAGAAGUCAUGCUGAAAAUAAAGAGUGGCCAAAUUUAGCUACAUAUGACACAAUCUCACUAGUUGGCGAUCUGGAGAUUCCAGUUGGUUGCCCAAAACUUGAGCUUCUACAGACAAUGAAUGGACGUUUUUCAAAAGGUAGCAUGGACAUCAUUUGUGAUGCGAUGAAAGAACUGAAGGUUUUAGCUUUGGUGGGAAUGGCAAUGGAAGACCUAGGCUCAUCAAGAUCACCAGGAGUACUGAAGAACCUGCGGACCUUGAUCCUAGAUGGGUCUGACUUUGAUGGCAUGUCUACUGAUGUUAUUGGGCCUUUGGAGAAUUUAGAAAUCCUCAGCUUUCGGGAUUGUUAUUACAUGCGUGAGUUGCCGAGCGAAAUUGGACGACUUAAACAGUUGAGGUUGUUAGAUACGACAAACUGCAAGAAUCUUAAGGUGAUUCCACAUGGUAUCUUCUCCAGCUUAUGUAGACUUGAAGAGUUGUAUAUGAUGGGUAGCUUUGAUAAAUGGGACCUUGGAACAGGAAGAGAAGAUAAGAGGAUGGCAAGCAUUUCUGAGGUGAUGUCUCUGUCUCAUCAUUUGAAGGUUCUAUCCAUAAAUGUCAUCCACUUGUUGCCAAAAGACAUAGUCUUGAAAAACCCAACAAUAAAAUUCCGUAUAUGCUUGGGAACUGGGGCGAAGGGAUUUUGUCAGAUGAUCGAUAGAUAUGCUGAAAGUGAUGCAAGGAAGUUGAUGAUGAUGACAACUUAUGCGUUCGAAAAUUGUUUGGUGAUUGUUGAAAGUGAUGCAAGGGAGUUGAUGGAGAGUCAAGCAGUUGGACUUAUGUUGAAAAAAUCUAAAAAAUUAGCUUUGCGCAAUGUUAAGAAUUUCUCUGCCCUCACUGAUUUAGACGAAGAGGGAUUUCAAGAUCUGAAAGUUUUGUAUCUUGAUGAUUGUCCAAAUAUCGAGUAUCUUGUAAAUGGAACAAGUGCACUCUUUCCUCGCAUACAAUCAGCUAGUCAGCUUCCGAAUAGCUUUUUGACCAACCUAAGAUUCCUUCGAUUGUCAGAUUGUGGUGUCUUAAAGUAUGCCUUUUCACUAUCAGUAGUGAGAAACUUGGUACAACUCGAGGAAUUAGAUAUUCGUGGAUGUGAUCAAAUGGAAGAAAUUGUGUCGAAGCAGGGGAGGGAACACGAUGAGGAAGCCGAUAUGAUAUCUUUCCAUAAAUUAACCAAUUUGAAUCUCGGGUAUCUACAGAGUUUGGCUGGUUUCUUCCAAGCUAACAAGCUAUACUCCAACCAAGAGGAAACAACGCCAAGGGUUGAGCAUCAAUCUGCAGGAAUAUUUGAAAAAGCAAUAUUUCCAUCAAAGUGCAUUUCAUGGUUUCCAAGUUUAGAAGAGGUAGUAUUGAAAUAUAUGGAGUUUGAAGGCGUGCUAUUUGAUCUGAAAAUCCAUAUGGUUAUGGAUGGGCAGACAGCUCCAACAUGUCCCCAGUUACGUAAGUUGAAGAUAUACGAUUGUUCGUUUACAUACUUGUGGAAAAACAUUCCGUCUGGAUUCCAGGGCUUCCAAAAUUUGAGAUAUUUGAAAUUGACAUAUUGUUCUGGAAUAAAUUAUGUGUUCUCGCAUUUAAUUGCCCGAGAACUUUUGAAUCUUGAAGAGGUAAAGAUAGCUCGAUGUACAGACAUGGAAACUAUAGUCAGAAUCACAGAGGAAAAUGAAGAAGAGGCGACAAAAGACAUGAUUUUGUAUCCGAGGAAACUGAACACAUUUGAACUAAAAUACCUGCCUCGUCUCACAAGUCUUUGUCCAGCGGGAUCUACAUUUCUACGGUCAUCCACAAAAAAUAUGCACGUGGAAACAUGUGACAAAUUGAAGACAUUGGGUGCUGUAAUUCCACAAAGAAAGAAGUUAGCGAAUAAGUCUGAGAAGGAUUCAACAAGUCAUGAUUUCAGCACUUCUCCAACACGUUCAUCAAAUUGGUGCCCAGCUGGAUGUGGAUGCACACCAUAUUCAAGACCUAACGCCCACCGCUCUAUUGAAAUAUUGCCACGUCCAAUUAAUUCGGAGGUAAGCUUUUAA